AUGUUGAAUCUUUGCUCAGCUUUUGUCCGUCGUGUAGCGGGCAUCGUGUUGUCUUCGUGUUUUGGUGAACGCUCUGACGAUGUCCGUCCCAUGACGGACGAAAGCUCAGCUAGGAUUCACCGAGGUCGCAGGGCGGUGCGCCGAGGACUUAUUUGCAUAAAUCUACAGUCACACUUUUUCGGUGAGGCCAGUUCACGAAUACCUUCCACUCGCCCCUUCAGACGAAGAGAAAGCUUCUCCGUGACCGUCGCCGCCCCGGCAACCAGAUCCGGCCACCUAGAGCCGACGACCCCAGGAUCCAGCCGGCAUGAGAAGACCUUGGAAAACUCAUCCAUCUGA